UGAAAACUGCAUGGAAAGUUUUCCUGAUCACAAGUACGCCAGAUCACAGCCCAGCAAACAGCUACCAAUUCACAAGCCUUUCCUCAUAGGGAAUUAAGAGAAAAUGCACUUGGAGAUGUUAAUCUGCGUGAUUCUUAUAAUUCCAUCACUAGUGCUAUGUUCUCCAGCCAAGAAUGGAUAUAUUGAAGCAAGGGCACCUAAGAAAGACAUUGUGACCAUUCCUGAGUUCCCUCAAGACUUACCAGCAAAACCAGAUGCUGCUGUGCUCCCCACGUGUCUGCUCUGUGUAUGCCUGAUUGGAUCGGUGUACUGUGAGGAGGUGUUCCCUCAAAUGACAGCCAUCCCAGCACUGCCAAGAGAAACCACAUACCUUUAUGCACGCUUCAACCAGAUCAAUAAGAUAAAAAACAAAGACUUUGCAGAUAUGGGAGCAUUAAAAAGAAUUGACCUGACCGGAAACAUAAUCAGCGAGAUAGAAGAUGGAGCCUUUUCCAAACUUACCAAUCUUGAGGAGCUCUUUCUGGCUGAGAACCGACUUACAAAACUGCCAAUGCUACCCAGCAAACUAACAACAUUGAAUGCCAAUUUCAACCUUCUCAAAUCCAAGGGUGUGAGGUCCAAUGCUUUCAAGAAACUUCCCGAACUUGCUUUUCUAUACCUUGGAAAUAAUAAACUGGAAGUAAUUCCACAACUUCCUGAGUCGCUACAAAUUGUUCACCUCAAUAACAACAACAUCAAUACAAUUACUGAUCAGACAUUUUGCAAAGGCAACACCACUCAGUACAUCCGAAGCACCAUGGAAGAGGUGAGACUGGAUGGCAACCCACUUGUCUUAGCUCAGCACCCAAAUAGCUUCAUCUGUCUGCGGAAUCUUCCAACUGGACAUUACCACUAAAGUUUUAGAUAACCAACGCAUGAUUUUGGGAAUUAGCUGUAAACCCUGCAGGUGUAGGUGAUCAGCAUUAUUAAGCAGAAAUAAGUCCCUUUGUGAAAUGGAGAGAUAAAUUCAUCAGUCCUCCAAAUCUUUUUAUAAAUUGUACUCCGCUUAUUUUUUCUCUUAACAUUGUUUAUGGUAUAUGUUACAUUUCUUUGUUUCCUUUUUCACACUUGUAUCAUCAUAGACCUUCCGCUUGUGAACUAAACAAAUUAUUGUGAAAUAUUAAUAGCUACCGUUGGAUCUUCAGACAGCAUUGCAUGUGCAAGAAUGACAUGCAUCUUUACUCAAUUAAGUUCACCUUGAUGUAAACAAGCAUUCAUAGCCCAGAGUCCAGUUACUUUUGUUGAAACCGGUAGUUCCAACGUCCAACAUUUAUUUGACUUCAAUCAGGCCAUCAGCGAUCUUCUGCUGGUAUGAUCUUUCUGACUGUUUUCUUCUGUAGACAUCAUCUGGCAAAUACAAUAGAAGGAUUAUUGUAGGCACUCAAUAAAAUUGGCAAGAU